GAGGAGAGGCGCUCUAACAGGCUCAGAGUCUGGUGGUGCCCACUUGCCACACGUUCCCAGUAGGACUACCUGUGUAUUUUUUUUUCUCUUCUGUCUUUUCGUGAGAGGAUUUACUUUGUGCUGGCAGCAAUGACGGAGACCAAGAGGAAAGAUAGGAAAGGGAGAAAGAAGGGGGGUAAGAAAGGAAAUAAGGAGAAGGAGGCUGAUCCCACCAAAGUUGCGGCUCCCAAGUUAAAACCGAUGAGGAAUCCAAUAAUAGUGGACGAGGGGAAACGGCUCACAGUAAAGUGUGAGGCCACAGGGAAUCCUCUCCCCACCUACAGAUGGUUCAAAGAUGGCAACGAGCUGAAGAAAAACAAAAAAGUCAAAAUAAGGAACACCCCGAAAAACUCCAGAGUCCAGAUCAGCAAAGCUCAACUGGAGGAUUCUGGGAAUUACACAUGUGUGGUGGAGAACCCGCUGGGAAAGGAGAACUCCACUGGCACCGUAAACGUCCAAAGCAUCACCACAACGCAAUCUCCAGGCUCAGGCCACACCAGAAGAUGCAACGAUACAGAGAAGGCCUACUGUGUGAAUGGCGGCGACUGUUACUUCAUAGACGGUGUAAAUCAGCUCUCCUGCAAAUGUCCGGGUGGAUACUUUGGCCCCCGAUGCUUACAGACCGAGCCGCUGCGGUUGUCCAUGCCCAAUCCAAAGGCUGAGGAACUCUACCAGAAAAGAGUCCUGACAAUCACGGGUAUUUGUGUGGCUCUGCUUGUCGUGGGCAUCGUGUGUGUGGUUGCCUACUGUAAAACCAAGAAACAAAGAAAGAAGAUGCACAAUCAUCUGCGACAGAACAUGUGUCCAGAACAUCCCAAUCGUAACCUAGCUAACGGACCCAAUCACCCCGGACCAGGCCCAGAGGAAAUCCCCAUGGUAGACUACAUAUCAAAGAAUGUCCCUCCAACUGAGCGAGUCAUACGACCUGCGACAGAGGGGUCGUUCCCUGCCAGCCACGCCUCUUCAAGAUCUCACAACUCUUCCACACGCGCCCAUUCAUCACCUCACAGACAUGAGGAGCGGACAUGGAGCCUGGAACGCUCGGACAGUAUCCUGUCUGACUCGCCGGGAAUGAUGUCAUCUUCCGUGGGGACCAGUAAAUGCAGCAGUCCCGCGUGCAUGGAGGCACGGGCCCGGCGCGCUGCACACUGUGGUUACUCUGACCCCCACCGGCCGGGCCUACAGUAUGGGGAAUCCUUCGACUCGCUGGGGGACUCUCCGCACAGUGACAGAUACGUGUCAGCCCUGACGACACCAGCCCGCCUCUCGCCAGUGGAUUUCCAUUACUCAUUGCCCCCACAGGUGCCUACCUUCCAGAUCACAUCCCCCAAUACCAGCCAUGCGUUGUCUCUCCCUCCUGCUGUCCACAACCCCUACCCUCUGGAGGACGACCAGCCGCUGCUGCGCCGCUACCAGGUGCCCUUACACGAUGCCCAGUGCCAGGAGCCUUACCGCCAGCAGCGUCGCACUUAUCUUAAUGACAGCAGGGGGAGCCUGCCUGCCAGCCCCUACCGGCUGGCUGAGGAAGAAGACUAUGAGACCACCCAGGAGUAUCUCUCCUCUCGAGGGGAGCAACCAAAGAGAAGUGGGUCCGGUGCAGCUGGUAGCCGGCGCUGGAGGAGAUCCAGACUGAACGGCCAUGUGGCCCCACGUGGAUAUGAGGCAUCUCGGGACUAUGGGUCUCGAAGCUGCCUAACGGAUAGUGAGUCAGAGGAAGAUGGUGAGAGCACGCCCUUCCUCAGUAUGCAGAAUAUGAAUGCUGAGCCCUCCACCAUCUACAGGCCGGUGGACAGUCGGACUUCUCACUCAUCGGGGCGGCACAGUGGGCAUGGGAACAUGCAUACAAGACUUACACACUCACGCUCCAAACCGGACAACACACCCCAUUAAAGAGUGAAAAUGAACCAACAAAAAUAAAUGUAGUAUAGACCUGCAUCUAUAAGAAAUAUUUUUAUUUUAUAUAACUGACAGAUAUUCUAAACAAAUGAAAUAUUUAUUUUCAUUUUAGCAAAAGUUGUCUACUAGUUAACAGCAAAGACUUUUUUAUAGGGAAAACUCUAUUUAUAUGUACAUUUUGAUUUACAGCAUAAAAAGAUGUGCCAGUUUUUUCACAACGUAAAAAAAUAGAGUAAUAUUGUGGUGCCUUUUGCUGUAUGCCGAUGCCAGAGGGCCAGUGGAGGUUUUUGUAGCCUUUCUUAUAUGGACGCCUCAUUUUUUAUACACGUUUAUGUUUUUGUUUUUUUCCUGUUUUACUUUCUUUUCAAGUUGCAUUCUUUGAGGAGUCUAGCCCCACUGGAACAUAACCCCUUCCAUAUCACGCAAUAUAAACCACUUCAACAUAAAGUGUAUGUUUACAUUAAUAUGAUUCACCUGUAGGGUUUAUGAUUUGGGAUUUAAUAGAAAAUGCCUGAUAAAUACAAUGUAAAUCC